CGCCGGCCGGUUGUCCGACCGUUCCCCUGGAGGAAAGCGUUUUAAAAACCGUUUUAUUAGCGUGUUAGCCACUGUCCUAAUUUAUCUAGCGGAGCAUGGACUCGUGUCAUAAUAGGCGUUUUGAGGAAAAAAAAUAGUAACUGUCACUCUGAAGGGCCGCGGUUGGUUUACAUGUUCGUGUCUCGGACGCAGGAAGAAGCGAUGCUCCAGCUGGGAGAUGACGUCACCCUCUACUCGUUCGUCUUCGUGGUGGUCCUGCUGGGAACCCGAAGCCCCACAUGGUCAGCGGUCCUCACCGCCUCGGUCUACCUCUUUCUGGCCAUGUUUCGGUUCCCCCAGGUGCCGAGCAGCCGAGCCCGGCAGGUGCUGCACCCAGUGGGGCGCGGGGAGGUGUCGGUGAUCGCUCACCGGGGCGGUGGGCACGACGCUCCGGAGAACACGAUGGCAGCCAUACGGGAGGCCAGUAAGAACGGGGCGACUGGUGUGGAGUUAGACCUGGAGUUCACAGCAGAUGGCGUCCCAAUCCUGAUGCACGAUGAGACGGUGGAUCGGACCACAAAUGGGUCGGGACCACUCAGCCAGAUGAAGUUUUCAGAGCUCGGCAAACUGGAUGCAGCCGCUAAACAUCGGCUCAGGAACAAGUUUGCAGGUGAGAAGAUCCCAACGCUGGAGGAGGCAGUGAAGGAGUGCAUCAAACUGCAGCUCACCAUCUACUUUGAUGUCAAAGGUCAUCCAGACGAGGCGGCUGCAGCUCUUAAAGACUUGUUUCAGAAAUUUCCAGUUCUGUACAACAGCAGCAUCGUCUGCUCCUUCGAACCGAAGGUCAUCUACCGGAUGAGGCAGAGUGACCCUGAAGUGGUCACGGCGUUGACCCACCGGCCUUGGAGCUUGACUUAUUUUGGAGACGGCAGCCCACGAUUUUCAUCAGCGUGGAAGCAUUACUGGAUGACGGUCAUGGACAUCGUGUUGGACUGGGCCCACCAUCACGUGCUGUGGAGACUCUGCGGCAUCUCUGCCUUUCUGAUCCAGAAGAACUUUGUGUCACAGGAGUACGUGCAGUACUGGGCUCAGAGGGGGGUGGACGUUGUCGCAUGGACCGUCAACACAAAAGUGGAGAAAGAGCUGUACCAGGAGGUGCUACACAUCAACUUCAUCACAGACAGCCUGGUGGAGGACUGUGAACCUCAUUACUGAGAAACGCAGUAAAUAUCACGUCCACACGUCUUUACAACAGGACAAUACCUAUAAAAGAGUUUUUCUCACUAAUCAUCAGACGUUUGUGGCAUCAGUACGUAAACACGCCUUUAUUUCAGGUAUAGUUUUGAUCGUUGUGUACACGUUUCCAGAAAGAGUCGAACAUUUUACGUUUUGCUUAAACUCAUUAUUAAAAGGCCACGUUUUAUUCUCACAGACACUUUUACUAUGAUGUGCAAUCAGAUGUGUGUGGUGAGAGA